AUGGAAAGAACAUUUAUUAUGAUCAAGCCUGAUGCCAUCAAGCGAAGACUGAUUUCCCGGAUAAUUCAGAGGUUUGAGGAGAAGGGGUUGUACUUGGCUGCCUCCAAGUGUGUGAUUCCAAAGAGGGAGGUUUUGGAAACCCACUACUCUCAUCUGUCUAGCAUGCCUUUCUUUAGUGAGAUGGUGGAGGACAUGAUGUCUGGAAUGGUCUUGGCAAUGGUGUGGGUCGGAAAGGAUGCUGUGUCGAUCGGCAGAAAGCUGAUUGGAGAAACCAAUCCCCAGGCUGCUUCUGUGGGAACCAUUCGAGGAGACUACGGUGUCAGUACAGGGAAGAAUAUUAUCCACGGCUCUGACUGUGUCGAAAAUGCAGAAAAAGAAAUUAAGCUCUGGAUUGGAGACGAUGUCCAACCCGUGUCUUUCUUUGACAAAGAAUGGAUUUAUUAA